AUGAAUAAAUGUCGAAUUGCUAUUGAUGCACGUCCAACAGCAGUAAAAAAAUUUUCUUGGUCAUAUCCAAUUCAUGAAUAUCAAGAGGAUGAUUAUGUUCCACCACUAGUUAAACGAAAGGGUGUUGGUUGGGGUAAACGUAGUGAUUUAAUGAUUAGCGAUCAUCCCUAUGCUAUAAAUGAAGAUUCAGCCCGUACGUGGUUUGAUGAUAAAUGA